GGCUCCGCAUACUCCUUCCGGUCGUCAUGGCGACGGAGCGCCUUGGGGUGGAGAAAACGCUGGUGGCCCUCAACGCUGCCCUUGGGCCAAGUGGUCCUGUAUGGCUCAAGGAGACGCGAGCUCGCCACCUGCGUGCUCGAGACUUCUUGGCGCCGGAAGGCGCGCUACGGGCACGUUUCGAAGACGGGCAGGUACCGGAGCGUGUGUUCCGUGCCGUCGCCUGUUUGCAGGGACCCGGUGUGGCCCCAGUGCUGCGCUGUGUGCCUACCCGCGCGGGUCUGUCGCUGCAACUGAACCGACCAGCCGUAUUCGAGCGCGUCCUUGGCGCAGUGUCUGCUUACACUGUACCCACCACUCCUGCCUCCCUAGGUCCGCGCGUCUUACUGCACUGUCCCGCGCUGCGCGGCACCCCUUGCGCACUCGGCCUGAGCCAGCUGCGUACGGUGCUCGUCGCCGAUCACCUAGCGCGAGCUCUGCGCGCUCAAGGGGUGUGCGUGCGCCUAGUGCCCGCUGUGCGGGAUCUACACAUGCUGACCUUCCUGCAGCAACUGCGAGUGGACUGGCCCCCUGCCUCAGAGAAAGCCUCAACCGAAACCCUCAAGAGCCGCGCCCUCGCAGAGCUUACUUCUGCUCUGGACAGGGGGACACUGCCCUCCGGCGUCCUGGGCACACUGUGCCUGAAGGACCUGGUGAAAGAACAGGGCCGGGCAGCUGGCUAUGACCCCAACUUGAACAACUGUCUGGUGACUGAGGAUCUGCUCACUGUACUGGCUGAGUUGCAGGAGGCUCUGCUGCAUUGGCCAGAGGACGGCUACCCAGGCCUGGCUGGGGGUGACAGAUGCACAGUUGUACACGUGGUGAGCUGUGAGGAGGAGUUCCAGCAACAGAAGUUGGACUUGCUUUGGUGGAAGUUGGAUGAUCAAGCUCCACUCACCCAGAAGCACCUGAUCUGUGGCCCAGUGAAAGUAGCUGGUGCACCUGGCACUCUGAUGACUGCCCCUGAGUACUACUCAUUCCGGCAUGCCCAGGUAUGCAAGGCCUCAGCUCUGAAACACAGUGGCGAUCUGGCACAAGACCCAGCCUGGGUAGAGAUCUUUGGGAUUCUGUCUAUGGCGACUAUCAAGUUUGAGAUGCUAAGCACAGCCCCACAGAGUCAGCUCUUCCUGGCCCUUUCUGACAGCAGCAUCUCCACAAAGGGCACAAAGAGUGGCACCUUUGUCAUGUAUAAUUGUGCCCGUCUUGCCACACUUUUUGAGAGUUACAAGCACAAAAUGGAACAAGGUCUGUACCCCACUUUUCCACCUGUGAGCAGGCUGGACUUCUCAUUGCUACGUGAUGAGGGUGAGUGGCUGCUACUCUUCAACAGCAUUCUCCCUUUCCCGGACCUACUGAGCCACACAGCAGUCCUAGACUGCAAAGCCCCAGGGCUUCGCAUCACUGUACGCACAGAGAUGAUGUGCAAGUUCCUGGUUCAGCUCAGCAUGGACUUCAGUUCAUACUAUAACCGGGUACACGUACUAGGGGAGCCUCGACUACACCUCUUUGGUCAGAUGUUUGCCCGCCUGCAGCUUCUGAGAGCUGUGCGUGAGGUGUUCCACACUGGCCUGGCUAUGCUGGGUCUCCCUCCAUUGAGCCACAUCUAAGGCCACAAGGCCCCAAUAUCUGGGAAUGUUCACAAAGUCAUCAAUUGGAAAAAAAUGCAAAACUCCAUGUGUUGUUAGGAGCUCGGAACCAAAAUAAAUGUUGUGUUAUA